AUCUCCAAAGAGUUUCCAAAAAUGGAAUUCGACUUCUCAUUAUCCUUUGUUUUCAUCUUUUCCUUCUUCCUGUUUUUUGCAAUGGUUUUUAGAUUAAUUACCCGAUCCAUACCCGACCCGAACUCGAAACUCCCUCCGGGGCCGAGAAAGCUGCCGGUGAUCGGGAACUUGCACCAGAUGGUCACCAGCUCGAAGCUGCCACACGAAUUGAUGACCGACUUGGCCGGAAAAUACGGACCGGUGAUGCACCUGCAGCUCGGCGAAGUUAGCCAUGUUGUCAUUUCAUCGCCGGAAGCCGCAAAAGAAAUCAUGAAGACGCAUGAACUCAACUUUUUUAACAGGCCGGCAUUCAUGGCGGCCGAUAUUGUGCUUUACAACACUUCCAAUUUGGUAAUGGCGCCGUACGGCGAAUACUGGAGACAGAUGCGCAAGUUCUUCACCGUGGAGCUGUUGAGCGCGGCACGAGUCCAAUCAUUCCGCGCUUUAAGAGAGCAAGAGUUUAGGAAUUUGUGCCAAUGGAUCGCGUCCAAAGAAGGUUUAUCGAUCAACUUGACAGAGAAGAUCGGCUUCACUACUUGUGAUAUUGUAAUUCAGGCAUCGCUUGGGAAAAAGACCGACGAACUAAGAGAAUUCACCAACAUAGCCAACGAGAGCGCCGAGCUUGGAGCUGCAUUCACUCUUGCUGAUUUCUAUCCUUCGAUCGGUUUGCUUCAGCAAAUCAAUGGCGUAAAAGGCAAGUUAGAGAGGCUGCACAAAAAGGCGGACAGGAUACUUGUAAAGGUUAUCGAUGAACACAGAUCAUCGACAAAGGAUGAGUCUAAACAACACGAGGACUUCCUAGACGAUCUUCUGAAGUUUAAUGAUUCGGGAAACCAAAUACAGGUGACGGACAACAAUAUAAAAGCCGUCUUACUGGAUGUGUUUACUGCCGGGAUUGAAACAUCCUCGAUGACUACGAAUUGGAUUAUGGUGGAAAUGAUGAGGCACCCAAGUGUUUAUAAGAAGGCACAAGAUGAGGUAAGAUUGGUUUUCAAGGACAAGGGAUUCGUCGAUGAGUCUUGUUUCAACGAGCUGAAGUAUCUAAAGUUAGUAAUAAAAGAGUCUCUAAGGAUCCAUCCGCCGAUACCCAUAUUGUUUCCUAGAGAAGGUACAAAGCCGUGUGAGAUCUUCGGAUACAAAAUACCUUCAAAAAGUAGAGUCUUGAUAAAUGUAUGGGCACUCGGAAGAGAUCCCAAGUACUGGAAAGAACCCGAUAGUUUUAUCCCAGAGAGAUUUUUUGAUAAUCCGGUCGACUUUAAAGUGAACAACUUUGAGUACCUUCCAUUCGGCGCCGGGAGAAGGAUUUGCCCCGGAAUAUCAUUUGGCCUCGCUAAUGUUGAGCUUGCUUUGGCGAUGUUUCUAUACCACUUCGAUUGGGCUUUGCCCGAUGGAAUGAAACCUGAAGAUAUGGACAUGACUGAAACUUCCGGCGUUACGUUGGGAAGGAAAGAACCAUUGUAUGUGAUUCCCAGAGUGAAGAUACCUUUAUGCAGCCGCGGCGUAGUAAUAAGCACAUAGCGCUGAUUAUUCUUUCAUAUUUUACUAAAGAGAGUGAAGAUACUUGUGCUUCGAAAACAAGACUGAUGCAUCUCAUGUUCAACCAAAAAUCACUAAAUUUAUGUAUUUAUUCUACUUUCAAUAAGGAAUUUCUGAUUGUUGUGUUUUUUGCA